AUGCACUCCCCCUCUCUCCCCCCACCAUGUCCCCUCCUGUCCCCACAGGGGCCUCUUGAGGAGGGGCUGCCCACAGCAAGGAGCUUCCCACGGACCUGGACCCAGUGGGUGCUGAUGGUACUCCUGCUUCUUGGCCUGCUGGUUGGCUUUUCUGUGCUUUGUGUCUACAUCUUCCAGAACUCUGGCCCUUAUGUGCUCUCCUGUGAGACCCCAGUGUGUCUGGACCUCCUGGAUAGGUACCUAGCCUCAGGAAACACCAGUGUGGCCCCCUGCUCUGACUUCUUCAGCUUUGUCUGUGGGAAUGCCAACAGGACCAGGAAUUCUUUUCAGGCUCUUGAAGAGGAGAACAAGGGCCGACUCCGGAGAAUUUUGGAGGCCCCGAGUCCCUGGCCCCCAGGCUCUGCGGAGGAGAAAGCCUUCCAGUUCUACAGAUCCUGCAUGGACAUGGAUGCCAUUGAAGCUGCAGGGGCUGGUCCCCUCAGGCAAGUUAUUGAGGAGCUUGGAGGCUGGAGGAUCUCGGGGAACUGGACUUCCUUCGACUUUAACAGAACGCUGAGACUUCUGAUGAGUCAGUAUGGCCACUUCCCAUUCUUCAGAGCCAACCUGCAGCCUCUUCGCACCCCUCUACAAACACCAAUCAUCCAGAUAGACCAGCCUGAGUUUGCUGUCCCUCUCAAGCAAGAGCAGGAACAGAAGAUCUAUGCCCAGAUGGUGAGGGAGUACCUGACCUACCUGAAUCAGCUGGGAACCCUGCUGGGAGGGGACCCCGACAAGGUGCAAGAGCACGCGGCUUUGUCCAUCUCCAUCACCUCGAGGCUGUCCCAGUUCCUGCGGCCCCUGGAGGAGCAGCCGGAACAGAUGGUCACUAUCGCCCAGCUGCAGGAAAUGGCCCCUGCCAUCAAUUGGUUGUCCUGCUUGCAAGCAACAUUCACGCCGAUGCCCCUGAGUCCCUCUCUGACCCUCAUGGUCCGUGACCUGGAGUAUUUGACAAACAUGUCACAACUGGUGGGAAGUCUGCAGCUGAGACACAGUGAAUUUCUGCAAAGCCACAUGAUCCUGGGGCUGGUGGGCACCCUCUCUCCUGCCCUGGACAGCAAGUUCCAGAAGGCCCGCCAGGAGCUGAACCAGAAGCUGCAGCAGCUAACAGGGCGCCAGCUCAUGCCCCAGACCCCCCGGUGGAUGAAGUGUGUGAAGGAAACCGGAACCUUCUUCCAACCCACCCUGGCGGCCUUGUUUGUCCAGGAGGCCUUCAAUCUGCCCACCCAAAGAGCUGCCAUGGAACUAUUCUCCGACAUCAAGGACGCGCUCCUCAACCGCCUCCAAAGGCUCCCCUGGAUGAACGAGAAAGCUCGAAAGGAGGCCCAGGACCGGGUGACCCGAGUGCGGGUGAAGAUGGGGGCCCCAGAGUGGACCCUGGAGCCGGAGCUGGUCACACAGGGGUACCCCGAGGUGCAGCUGGGCCCCAGCUUCCUGCAAUUGUACCUGAGUUGUGUCCGAGCGCUCCAAGCCAGGAAGGUCCGGAGCUUCCUGCAGCCCUUCCACAGCCGGCGCGUGUUCCCCUGGGGCGUCGACGCUUACUACUCCGUGUCGGACCACGUAGUGGUCUUGUCUCCUGGGCUCCUGCAGCCCCCGUUCUUCCACCCUGGCUACCCCAGGGCCGUGAACUUUGGUGCGGCCGGCAGCAUCAUGGCCCACGAGCUGCUGCACAUCUUCUACAAGCUCUUGCUCCCUGGGGGCUGCCCAGACUGUGACGCCGAUGCCCUGCAGGGGGCGCUGCUGUGCGUGGAGCGCCACUACGCUGCCCUCUCUCUGCCAGGGGAGACCUCCUUCAACCGCUCUGGCACCAUCCUGGAGAAUGCCGCCGACAUCGGGGGGCUGGCCAUCACACUGCAGGCUUACCACAAGAGGCUGCUUCUGCAGCAAAGGGAAACCACCCUGCCCCGCCUGGGCCUCAGCCCGGAGCAGCUCUUCUUUCGAAGCUACGCCCAGGUGAUGUGUGGGGAGCCCCGACUCCAGGACCCACGGGACCCGCACAGCCCUCCCCCACUUCGAAUCCAUGGGCCGAUCAGCAACACCCAGGACUUCGCCACGCAUUUCAGCUGUCCAGAAGAGGCCCUCAUGAACCUCAGCAGCCGCUGCGAGCUCUGGUAA